AUGCGUCUCUCGACGGCGCUCUCAUGUGCCUUUACAGCUCUGUUGGCGGUGCCUACCAUGGCUGCACCCUUUGCCAUCACACCCGGAGAUGCCAACCACGUCAUACUCACAGACGAUAACACUGUCAACACAACAGAAUCGAUACAGGCAAGCGCAGUUUCGGUCGCAGCAUCACGCCCUCCAGUCAACGUGUUCGCCACUGCAGACUCGGACUUUAUUGAACUAUCGUUCGUCAACAAGAUGGCAAGCUCGAAUGUCAAAGCCUAUGUCACUGGUAGAGAUAGCAACAACGCUCUCGUCAUGUUACAUCCUGAUGGUACUUGGUAUUAUCCUCCGGCAACAACAGCUACGACACCGCAGCCUGUUACAGAGGACGUUGCCAUUCCCCUUGGUGCACAGGGCUCGACUGUUAAUAUCUCGCUUCCUGGUUACAUCAGCGCUGGUCGCAUCUGGUUCGCCGACGGUAACCUGCAAUUCUUUACUGUCAACGCUGGCGGUCAAGUCGCCCUGGUUGAGCCUUCUGCAGUCAACCCUUCAGAUCCUUCAUCAGCUAUCAACUGGGGCUUCAUCGAGUUGACCUACCUCGAAUCUGCCAUCUACACCAACCUCAGUUACGUCGACUUUGUCGGUUUGCCCCUUGGACAGAAAUUGACCGCAUGUGAUGGCACUGUCUUGCAAGCACAGGGUGUGCACACCGAAGCCGUCGAAGAUAUCUGCGCCGACCUCGAACAGCAAACCUGUAUUGACGGAUACCCAUGGGCAGAUCUCUGUGCCGUAGACGCCAGCUCGAAUGCUCUGCGUGUGCUUGCUCCUUACGACUACAUCUCAUUAUACCCCAACGCCUUCUCCGACUACUGGACCUCAUACGUGAAUGACGUGUGGAGCCACUACAGCACCACACCCCUCACCAUCGACACCCAAGUCUCCGCCGGUCUCGUCAACUGCACAACCACAGGCGACUACCUCAACUGCGAUGGCGACAACAGAGCCUACGCCAAACCCUCCGCCGCUGACAUCUUUGGCUGCAACGGCGGCNCCUUUACCAUCAUCGGCAGCGACAAUGAUGUUCACCGUGCCGUGGUCCCUCGUCUUUGCGCUGCUUUCCACCGCUCUACACUUCUUCUUGCUGGCGGCAACAUUCAACCCAUGUCUGAUGUCUCGGGCUACUAUACUAAGAGCGGUAGAGCUGCCAACUGGUACAGCAAGUACGUGCACGAUUAUGAGGUUGAUGGCAAGGGCUAUGCGUUUGCAUACGACGAUGUCACUCCCACUGGUGGUGUUGAUAUGGCUGGUUUGCUGUCUGUUGCUCAGCCCUCGCAGCUGGAAGUUACUGUUGGAGGUGUUUGA